CGCCAAAAUAGAAGCGCUUUUUUCCAUUCUGGUUGAGCCCCAGCUCCAAAAAAAAAAAAACUUUUUUCAAAAUGGUGGCUAUUUUGGUGGUUUUAUCACCAUAGCAACAAUUUAAUUUUUUGUUCGUCUGGAGGUGACAAAUAAAUCUAAGUCAUUUUUAGAAGAAUCGGCAAAAGCAAAUUUUUUGAUUUCCUUAGCAACCGAGGUUUUUUUUGCUAACCACACUCACAUUUCCAAUAAAUCAUAUCUUACAUUUUUUUUUGUUAAUUUUGAGCCAGGGAUUCAUGUAAUAAAUUCUAACAAUAUUCCAGUUACAAAUGUGUUAGCAACAAGGAAACGCCACUUUUGUGAGCUCGCUAGGCUAACAACAUUUAAAAUCUAACUUUUUUUAAUCCAACACUUCAUUAGUAAGUAGCUUCCUGGUGAUGAUCAAGGAGUUAUAAGGCAUUCCUGAGAGGAGCUUUAAUUUUUAGCCGGUACUUUAAGUGAUUUCCUUUUUUUAUUAUUAUUCAAGAUGGCCGCCUGAAAAGAAAAAAAAAACAAAAAAAAAAACAAAAACAAGAUGGCCGCCUAUUUUUGAGGUCGGCAAAACUUCGGUUAUGGUUGUAGACCUGACUGUUGUAGAUCAAUUCUUUUUUUCUGUGACCGUCCCAUAAGUCAUAAAUUCAUAUUACCAGGUAUUAGAUACUUGCAUGUUUUUUGAGUUUCUGAGUAUGUACCAGUGGUGAUAUUUUUUCCCAAAAGCCAAUUAAGACGAGAAAAUUGCAAAAACAACCUGGAGAGAAUAAAAUGUGUGUUACUGACAGAGCAGUUGGGAUGUUUCCCCCAAACAGCUCAAUGUUCUACCUAAUGGAGGCAUGACUUCUCGACCACUGGACAAAGCACUUGGAGCGCCGGUUUCCCCAGCCCACUUCACGCUUGCCUGAGCCUGAACACAUGACAAGUAAAACCCGAAGGCAUGGGUUGGUAAUGGGGGGGUGAGCAGUACAGGAGGAGGAGGAGGAGGAGUGGAGAUGCAGGAGACAUCCAAAGUGUUUUGAUUUGCGUGUGCGGCGGAUCCUUGAAUGAUUUUUUUUCCUUGGAUGCUGUAUUUGCAUCCCUCUCCUGCUUCUUUCUUGGAGGUAACCAUUGUUUCCUCAGAGCGGAUCACUUCAUGAAUACAGCUGAGCGGCUCUUCUGGAUUUCGCUGACGCUGCGCCCGGUCCCGCCUGGCCUCUUCUAAGCAGGAUGGACACUCUGGAAUCAGAGCUGACCUGCCCAAUCUGCCUGGAGCUCUUCGAAGACCCUCUACUGCUCCCCUGCGCCCACAGUCUGUGCUUCGGCUGCGCCCACCGCAUCCUCGUCUCCCACUGCGCCACCAACGAGUCCGUUCAGAAUAUCGGCGCCUUCCAGUGCCCCACCUGUAGAUAUGUCAUUUCCCUGAGUCCUGAGCGCGGACUAGAGGGACUCAAGAGAAACGUCACCUUGCAGAACAUCAUCGACAGAGUCCAGAGGGCCUCGUCUUCGGCCGGACUCUCUCUGCCUCUGCCGCUGCCGGCCCCUCACAGCGGGCCCAACUCCCCCUGCGAGGAGAGCAGCAACCGCCUGGCGCUGGUCCCCGUCAGCGCCGCCAUGUCCAACCCGGGCUCGCCUCCCGAGCCGGUGCAGUGCCAGUUCUGCGAGCAGGACCCGCCGCAGGACGCCGUCAAGACGUGCGUGACGUGCGAGGUGUCGUACUGCGAGGAGUGCCUCCGGGCGACGCACCCCAACAAGAAGCCCUUCACGGGCCACCGGCUCAUCGAGCCCAUGCCCGACUCGCACCUCCGGGGGCUCCAGUGUCUGGAGCACGACGAGGAGAAGGUCAACAUGUACUGCGUCAGCGACGACCAGCUCAUCUGCUCUCUGUGCAAGCUGGUCGGCCGGCACAGAGACCACCAGGUGGCAGCACUGAGCGACCGCUACGAAAAACUCAAGGUGAACGCGUCCCGCCAGGAGGGCAAACUCAUGGAGGAGUGCGAUGUCCUGAUUGACAUCAUUCAACAGAGGAGGCAGAUCAUUGGCAGCAAGAUCAAGGAGGGGAAGGCUCAGAGGCUCCGAAAGCUCGCCCAACAAAUUUCCAACUGCAAGCAGUGCAUCGAGAGGUCUUCCGCCCUCAUCACGCAAGCCGACCAGACGCUGAAGGAAACGGAUCACGCUCGCUUCCUGCAGACGGCCAAGAGCAUCAACGAGAGGGUCUCCAUGGCAACGGCGUCUACUCAAGUACUGAUCCCCGAGAUCCACCUGACGGACACCUUUGACACUUUUGCGCUGGACUUCACCAGAGAGAAGAAGUUGUUGGAGAACCUGGAUUACCUCACUGCUCCGAGUGCUCCGUGCAUAAGGGAAGAGCUGUGCACGGCGUCGUACGAUACCAUCAGCGUCCACUGGACUUCUGACGACGAGUUUUCCGUCGUGUCCUAUGAGCUCCAGUACACCAUCUUCACAGGGCAGUCCAACAUUGCCAGUCUUUGUAACUCACUGGACAGUUGGAUGAUAGUUCCCAACAUCAAACAGAACCAGUACACGGUGCACGGCCUCCAAAGUGGCACCAAGUACGUCUUUGUCGUCAAGGCCAUAAACCAAGCAGGAAGCAGGAGCAGUGAACCGGGGACGCUAAAGACCAACAGUCAACCGUUUAAACUGGAUCCCAAAUCUGCACACAAGAAGCUGAAGGUGUCACACGAUAACCUGACAGUGGAGCGAGACGAAACUACAUCUAAGAAGGGCCACAGCCAAGACCGCUUUUCCAGCCAGAGCAGCUACGGUGUGGUGGGGAACGUCUUUAUCGACAGCGGGCGUCACUACUGGGAGGCUCUUAUUGGUGGGAGUACAUGGUACGCCAUUGGCAUCGCCUACAAAUCAGCCCCCAAGCAUGAAUGGAUUGGUAAGAACCAAGCAUCUUGGGUACUCUGUCGCUGCAACAACUCCUGGGUGGUCCGCCACAACAGCAAGGAGCUGGCCAUUGAGCCCUCGCCCCACCUGCGACGGGUCGGGGUCUUGUUGGAUUACGAUGCCGGAUACGUCACCUUCUACGACGCCGUGGGCUCCCAGCACCUGCACACCUUCCACAUCUCCUUCAUCCAGCCCGUGUGUCCCGUCUUCAACGUGUGGAACAAGUGUCUGACCAUUCUCACCGGCCUACCCAUCCCUGACCACCUAGAGGGACUAGAACCCAGCAAUUGAGAGAUACACUUUCCCACCAGCAUACGGUCACUUUCCCAAAGCUGCAUGGGACAAGAGUCAUCAAGUUUAUGUUGUAUCCCCUCUUCCGCUACAGUUCCACAGUCUCAGUCUUGUACGAUGCACCUUUGCACCUAGAGGCAACACUCCUCUGUAAAUCUGGACCAAUCCGUUGCAGGUUCAUUCUUCUGUCUUAAUUUGUAAUACAACAGAGACAGGCUGUAGUGGGACAAAUGUACGAAAGUUACCUUGUCAGUUCUGAGCUUCCGAAAACCACUUUGCAAGGAUUUCCUGAUGCUGCUUAUCGUAGAAUCUCCAUGGCAAGCCAUUUCGGGACGAAUGAACACUAAUAUUCCUCAUCUAACGCACUUUGAGCUGCAUUAAAGGACGAAGGAAGCAAGCCACGAACCAGUGUCUAAUCUUGACAGAUUUGCAAUCAAUGGUAGUUUCUGGUCAACGACGUGUAUAUUUUGUAAAAAUGGUGCAUCUCUUCCUAUUUUUUUUCCCCCCAUUUGGCCAUUAAGAAGGAACCAAAGCCAUUUUUGUCCGCAUAGAUGUUCAUCUAUAAUAAAUAAAUAAAUAUUGAAUUAUUUUUGGAAAAGAGGAAGAAGCUAAUACGAAAAGCGGGGUUUUCCUUCCAUGUCGACCUUUUUUGUGCACACUGUUAACACUUUAUUGAUGGUUUUGUUGUAACCUGGAAGUACUUUAGUGCAAUCUAAAUGCAUUCAUGGUGGGGAAGUGUUUGACUUAUUGUGUUCAUUUAGUUUUUCUCUUUGAGUCUGAUGCAUUAAAUGUGAUAUACACUUGAGUCCAUCGUAAGAAAGAAUGGUUUUAUUUCUUUACUAACUUAAAUACCGAUUAAAUUUAUUUUCGGAAACCCAAAGAGACAAACCCAGUCUUCCUUUAUUCUAUCAACAAUGACCUUUAAUAUUUAAUAAAAGGGCACUCUUUGGUGUAAAUAUGAAGAUUUGAGUCUAUUUUUCAAUCACCGGAUCUGGUUUAAUAAAGGACAAAUGACGUCUUCUUUGAUUCCCUUUGCAAAACCGUGGCUUUUAUUGUAUCUGGUGCGAGUAUUUAGUGCUUAAAUUAAUGUUUCCAUUUCAACUAGAUGACCGUGGUGUUGUUUGUUGACAUCCGUCCUUUUGGAAAACAGGAUAUGAGGGGUUUCCUCGCAGUUGUUGGAGAAAUCGAAGAAUAAACGUUCCUUUUCACUC